AUGUCUGUUGAAGAUUUAAGAAUUAGUUCUAUUUCUGCUAGACCUGAAUUUCAUAGAAUGAGUACCAGUAGUACUAAUUUAUCUCCUGGAUUAUCUGGAAAUAAAUAUGUUAAAGUAGUGACUGAAGUACAUUCAUCACGUACCUCUGGAAAUGGUGGACCACCACAUUCAUAUGGUCAAAAUGCUGCAUCAACUAUUAGAGAUACAAGAGAAAGGGAACGUAAAGAGAUGAGUGAUUUAAAUGAUAAAUUAGCUAAUUACAUUGAAAAAGUUCGUUUUUUGGAGGCUCAAAAUAGAAAAUUAAAUACUGAUCUUGAUAUGUUAAAAGGAAAAACUGGAACACAUGCAUCAAAAAUUCGUGUCAUCUUUGAACAUGAAUUGACGGAAGCUAAAGUUUUAAUUGAAACAACUGAGAAACAAAAAGAAGAAUUUGAGAAUCAAUUAAAAAAAUUACAGAAAGACAUUGAUGAUUAUAAGACAAAGUAUGACGAGGCAUAUGAAUUAAGACAACAAAAUAAAAAAAUAAUCGAUGAUUUAUUGGUUAGUCUUUCUGAUAUUGAAGCUGAAAUUAAUUUACUUAAAAGAAGAAUAGCUCUUCUUGAGGAGGAAAUUGGUUUAUUAAAAAAAGAAAAUAUAUCAUUACAAGAUGAACUUAAAAGAACAAGGUCAGCACUUGAUCAUGAAACAUUAGAUAGAAUUGAUUUUCAAAAUCAAUUGACAACAUUACUCGAAGAAAUUGAUUUUAUUAAAAGAAAUCAAGAAGAGGAAAUUAAAGAUCUUCUUGCAAUGGCUUCAAGAGAUACAACAAGUGAAAAUCGUGAAUAUUUUAAAUCUGAAUUAGCUAGUGCCAUUAGAGAUAUUCGUGAUGAGUAUGAUAAAUUAAAUAACAAUAAUAGAAAUGAUUUAGAAUCAUGGUAUAAACUUAAAAUUCAAGAAAUUAAUACACAAUCAGCUAGACAAAAUAUGGAACAAAAUCAUCAAAAAGAUGAAUUAAAAAGAUUAAAAACCAAUGUUACUGAUUUAAGAAGUAAAUUAGCAGAUUUAGAAGGAAGAAAUGCAUUACUUGAAAAACAAAUUGAAGAUUUAAAUUAUCAAAUUGAAGAUGAUCAAAGAAGUUAUGAGGCUGCAUUAAAUGAAAAAGAUGUACAAAUAAGAAAGAUGCGUGAAGAAUGUCAAGCAUUGAUGGUUGAAUUACAAAUGCUUUUAGAUACAAAACAAACACUUGAUUCUGAGUUGGCAAUUUAUCGUAAAAUGUUAGAAGGUGAAGGUGAUGGUACAGGUUUACGUCAACUUGUUGAACAAGUAGUUAGAACAACAGGUAUUAAUGAGGUUGCUGAUACAGAGACAAUGCGUGUUGUCAAAGGUGAAACUUCAUCAAGAUCAUCAUACUCUAGAUCAGCUAAAGGUAUAGUUUCUAUUCAAGAAACAGCUGAAGAUGGUACAUAUAUUUUACUUGAAAAUACUCAUAGAGCUAAAGAAGAAAAUAUAGGUGAAUGGAAACUUAAAAGAAAAAUUGACAAUAAACAAGAAAUUGUUUAUACAUUCCCUAAAGAAUUUAUACUUAAACCAUUUAAAACUGUCAAAAUAUUUGCCAAAGGAGCAGGACCACAUAAUCCACCAGAAACAUUGGUAUUUGACAAAGAAGAUUCAUUUGGUAGUGGUCAUAAUGUUGUUACUAUUUUAUAUAAUAAAGAUGGAGAAGAAAAAGCAACACAUACAAAAAGAACUAGUAAUAAUUAA